AAGAGGGACUCGUCGUGAUCACGUUUCUUUGGCUAAAGAGUAUCUGCAAGACAAGAGAAGAAGAAAGAAAGAAAGCCCAAAUCAAGUCCUCCAAGGCAUAAAGGAUCAUUAUUUUAUAUCACUCCUCUUUUCUUCCACGCAAACCCCAAUUCCAUUCUUCUUCUCCUCCUCCUUCGAUCAAUUCAAUUCAAUUCAAUUCGCAACUUCUUCAUCGAAAUUUCCACCGCCUCAAGGAAGGAGAACAAGUCCUGUUGGAUUCUCAUAGCUGAACUUCGCUUCCUCUCUGCUCUUCCUUUUGUGGGUCGCUCGAAAGGAUCUGUUGCUGCAUUCUCGUGAGGGCAUUACUUUAUUAAAGUUUCCUAGUGGUAACUAAGCGGGGAAUGGACUGGUUGUGUUGGCCAAUUGUCAGUCUUUACGAAUGAUGAGUGGGGGGCAAAAACCUCCAAAUGUAUUCAACUUCUUUAAAUGGCAACGCGGUGAGCCCUCAUCGUCUUUAACCACUGGAUUACUCGAUAAUGCGUCGCACGAGAUUGAGCUGUCCAACUACGGAGGAGUACCAAGCCCUGGUAGCGAGAGCCCGUCGGGGCUUCUCAACGGAGAGAGCCUAAAUGUUCAACCCAUCGCUGAUUUGGAUCUCUUCGUCGAGAAGCUCUACAGCUACUACAGAGACAAAGGCCUUUGGUGUAUUAUCGUGAAGUGGGCUGUUGAGCUUCUGAGUCUCGGCUUCAUCAUAUGCUUCUCUGGGUUCUUCUUGCUGUAUGUGGAUUGGCGUGGUCUUAAGAACGCGAAAUGUGGAAUGGAUGCAGUUGAAUCGGGGACUAAGCCGUGUGAUCUUGUGAAAGAAGCUAUCCAUGAGCACCCUCUAUCCCCUUUCACGCUCACAACGGCUAUCAUUGUUGGGUAUUUGGCCCUCUUCUCUCUCUACUGGCUCUUCUGCUUCUUAAGGUUCUUUGCUCAAUUGAAGGAUACGUUGGACUUCCGGCACUUUUAUUACAACAGCCUUCAUGUCACAGACAACGAGAUCCUGACUAUGCCAUGGGAAACAGUACUUGAAAAGGUUGUUCAGUUACAAAGCUCACAGCGUCUUUGUGUGGUGAAGGAUCUUUCAGCUCAUGAUAUUAUAAUGCGCCUUAUGCGGAAAGAAAACUACUUGAUUGGUAUACUCAACAAAGGUUUGCUCUCUUUCCCAAUCUCCCAUUGGAUCCCUGGUGCUGGUCCAUUAGUCAAAACAACCCCAGAUGGGACACAACAUCACCUCGUAUUGACAAAGACCCUUGAGUGGACCCUGAACUGGUGCAUAUUGCAGAGCAUGUUUGACUGCAAUUUUCGUGUAAGAAGGGACUUUGUAUCAAACCCUGAAACACUGAAGAAACGGCUGUUUGUGGUUGGGCUUGCUAUGCUUCUGCUGUCACCAUUUCUUGUCAUCUUCAUGUUGGUGUAUCUAUUCCUAAGGCAUGCUGAGCAGUUCUACAAUCAUCCAAGUACUGCAUCCUCUAGAAGAUGGUCCAAUUUGUCUAGAUGGCUCUUCAGAGAGUUCAAUGAGGUUGACCAUUUGUUCAAGCAUAGGAUUAACAGCAGUGCAGAACACGCGUCCCAAUAUCUGAAUCAAUUCCCCUCGCCUAUCAUCUCCAUCAUUGCAAAGUUCGUCUCGUUUGUGUCUGGCGGCUUUGCGGCUGUGUUAAUCAUCAUUGCGUUUCUCGAAGAAUCUCUUCUAGAGGGACAUAUAUUCGGUCGCAAUUUGUUCUGGUAUGCUGCUGUGUUUGGAACUAUUACAGCCAUUAGCCGAGCUGCUAUUUCGGAUGAACUUUUGGUCCUCGACCCCGUGGGAACUAUGGCUGCGGUGGUGCAACACACUCACUAUAUGCCUAAGAGAUGGCGUGGUAAGGAGAACAAAGAUGAUGUCCGUUUGGAGUUAGAGACUCUGUUUCAGUAUACUGGAAUGAUGUUGCUGGAGGAGAUAGCUUCCAUUUUCAUAACACCGUUUUUGCUGAUGUUUGUCGUGCCAAAGCGGGUUGAUGAUAUACUGCAAUUCAUAAGGGAUUUCACAGUUGAUAUUGAAGGUGUAGGCAACGUUUGCAGCUUUAGUGCUUUUGACUUUGAGAACCAUGGGAAUGCUAAGUAUGGUUCACCUCGUAAUGUAUCUCGUGAGAACAGAAGCUCUCAGGGGAAAAUGGAGAAGUCAUUCUUGAGUUUCCAGAGUAGUUACCCUUCUUGGGAAUCAGAUUCUCUCGGGAAGCAGUUUCUAUCCAAUCUCAGAGCUUUCCGGGACCGAAAGCUUCAAGAAAUAAACGCAAGACACACAUUCUCUCCUAGCAGGGCGUGGCGUGAAGCUCCUAUCUUUCGUCCUGGUCAUAUAGAUAAUAACAGCGUUUUAUACAGAGAAGCUCCGAGAAAUCCACGCAAUCACGUUGACUCCAUGUGGCUGAUUGAUUCAGAUCAGAGGAAUCACCCUUAUCUUCUUGACUGGUACUACACUUCUCAGCCUCACAACAGAACCGAUCAUCACCCGGUAGAGAGAGUAGUGAACGAGCUCUUGACUCCAAAUCUAGACGGUGUGGACUGUUGGCCUCCUAACCUGGGAGUCCGUGGUGGAGAUAUGGAAGCAAGCACGUCGGGCCAGUUCUUCAGAGAUAGCAUUCUGCGCCACAACCAAGAUGGAGAAGAAAACUAUGGGCAUCAUCAUCCUCUUGAUGGUAGGAGUCAGUGGUGGGGAAGAGGAGACGGUUCUUCUCACAAUGGUGCAUCUCAUCCCGCAGCGGCUAAUAGCUUCAUCGAGCCGCCUGAUUUCAUAAACCCGUACACAGCGAGAAACUUGUUAGACAACUCGUGGGAAGGAAGAAGCAUUGAAGAGGAGGAGGAAGAAGAAGGUUUAGAUUGGGGAGAUGAUGCAAGAAGGAAUUUGUCAAGAACUACAUUCAUGGAUGACGAUGAUGAUGAUGUUGAAGGUGGGAUUGGUCUCCAUUUCGGUGAUGUAUAUAGCUCAAGACCUCAUGAAACUUCAACAUCAAGCUUAGGGUGAACAACUAUGAAUUUUUUGGAUUCAAAGUUGUUUCUUUUUUUUCUUUGUUUUAGUGGUGAUUGAUUAUGGAAAGAUAAAGAGAUGCUUGUUAAAAGUUUUCUCUUGGACCUUGAAAAGAUGUGGGGAAUAAUAACAUUUUUUUUCUUUUCUUUUUCUAUGUUUCAAUCUAACAUUUCAUGCAAUUCUUUAUUGUUGUAUUAUUGUAUAUAAAUGUUCGUUUAAUA